AUGAAGGCAGCCAUCCAUGAGGCUCUGGGUAGACGGUGGAAUUAUGGAGGCAAGGAUGAACGGGAGGCAGAAUUAUCACGGAUCAUAGUCAACAGAUUCAGCAAGAGCAUAUAUAUGACACGCCUCUGCAACUCUGGGACCGAAGAUAUCCUCAUGGCUCUUGGGGCGGCGGUCAACUUCACCGGCAAGAAGAGGAUGAGAAUAAAACUUCAUUUCUAUCAUGGCGGCCCAAUCUCAGUCCGGUCAGCGAAGGCGGUCUACAGCAAGAAUGCUCCUUAUGAUUUUGUGUUGGCUACUUAUAACGACAUUGCUUCCGUCGAUGCCACUAUUUUUGGAGUAGACAAAACACCUCUUGCCGCUAUCAUUGUCGACGGCAUGCAACGCGCAAGUGGCUGUAUUCCAGGAAUCCCGGAGAUUCCUCGUCACCUACAGACAGUAGCAAGCGAAUAG